AUGCCAGAACCAGUUGCUUCGAAAAGAGGGAAAAAGUCUGAAUAUGAAGACAAAGAUAAACCAACUCAAAUCCGUUUUAGCAAUAUUACUGCAUCAAAAGCCGUUGCUGAUGCCAUUCGAACAAGUUUGGGACCACGAGGCAUGGAUAAGAUGAUCCAAGCUGGAAAUGGAGAUGUGACCAUUACUAAUGAUGGUGCUACUAUUCUGAAGCAAAUGCAAGUUCUUCAUCCAGCUGCAAAAAUGCUUGUGGAGCUCUCUAAAGCUCAAGAUGUUGAAGCUGGUGAUGGAACUACAUCUGUUGUUGUUCUUGCUGGAAGCUUGUUGGAUGCAACUGCUGCUCUCCUUAAAAAAGGUAUUCAUCCAUCACAGAUAUCAGACUCUUUCCAAAAGGCAGCUACCAUGUGUAUGGGUAUUCUUGAAGACAUUUCCUCUCCUGUGGAGCUGACAGAUCGAGAAUCUCUACUGAAAAGUGCUUCUACAGCUUUAAAUUCUAAAGUAGUGUCACAGUAUUCCAACAUUCUUGCUCCCAUUGCUGUUGAUGCUGUCAUGAAGGUGAUUGACCCUGCCACAGCACACAAUGUGGAUCUUAAUGACAUUAAAAUUGUUAAAAAAUUAGGUGGCACUGUGGAUGACACUGAAUUAAUUGAUGGUCUUGUGUUCACCCAGAAAACUGCUGGCUAUGGUGGUCCUUCCCGUGUAGAGAAAGCUAAAAUUGGUCUUAUCCAGUUUUGUAUUUCUCCUCCUAAAACUAAUAUGGAUAACCAAGUUAUAGUAUCUGAUUAUACUCAGAUGGAUCGUGUUCUUAAAGAAGAAAGACAGUACAUUCUUAAUAUUGUAAAGCAAGUAAAAAAAGCAGGAUGCAAUGUGUUGCUCAUACAGAAAUCUAUCUUAAGAGAUGCUGUCAGUGAUCUUGCACUUCAUUUCCUUGCUAAAAUGAAAAUAAUGGUCAUCAAGGAUAUUGAAAGGGAAGAUAUAGAAUUUAUCUGCAGGAGUUUAGCUUGUCGCCCUAUUGCUAGUUUGGACCACUUUGUACCAGAGAGUCUUGGAUCUGCUGAAAUGGUUGAGGAGACAGAUACUGGAGGUGGCAAAAUUGUUAAGAUUACUGGCAUUGCCAACCAAGGCAAAACAACAACUGUAUUGAUCCGUGGUUCCAACAAAUUAGUUUUGGAAGAAGCUGAUCGAUCUAUUCAUGAUGCUCUUUGUGUUAUUCGUUGCUUAGUCAAGAAGAGAGCCCUGAUUGCUGGGGGAGGAGCCCCAGAGAUUGACCUUGCCUUACGGCUGAUGCAGAUAGCCAGUUCCCUCACAGGGAUGGAGCAGUACUGCUUCAGGUCCUUUGCAGAAGCCAUGGAAGUUAUUCCUUUUACUCUAGCUGAAAAUGCUGGCCUUAACCCAGUCUCCACAGUUACAGAACUGAGGAAUAGACAUGCCCAAGGAGAGAAAAACACUGGCAUUAAUGUUAGAAAGGGUGCUAUAACCAAUAUCUUAGAAGAAAAUGUGGUCCAACCUUUGUUAGUAUCUCAAAGUGCUGUCUAUUUGGCAGCAGAAACUGUUAGAAGCAUUAUGAAGAUUGAUGAUGUUCUUACUUGUGUCCGUUGA